AUUGCUUUGCGGUCUCCACCUUCCAAAUGUCCCUAUAAAUACAUACGGCCAUCACCACCACAAUAACCACCAGCGCCACCGGUUAUCUUGUUUUUGUCAAUAAAGAGCCCAACUCCUUUUCCUUUCCUUUUUAACUGUCAAAAAGUUUAGAAAGCAUCACUACCUAACAGAACAUCCCUCGUGAUUCACAGCCACUGUCCCUUUAAAAUUUUUCUCAUGAAAGUAGACCACAUAACCGCCGCCGCCGCCGCCGCCAAUUCUGAAGGUGAGAUGUGCAAGACCUUAGAAGUCGCGGCUGUUGACUGUCGCGGUCUCUCGCUUUCACCACCAGCAGUCUUAUCAUCUCCGGUCGUCACCGGAGAUGAAUUCGCCUUUAUUCCACCAUUAAACUUUUCCAUGGUUGAUAAUGGCAUAUUCAGGUCAGGCUUUCCUGACUCUGCUAACUUUUCCUUUCUUCAAACGGUUGGUCUCCGCUCCAUCAUAUGCCUAUGUCCUGAGCCUUAUCCAGAGCCAAACACUGAAUUUCUUAAGGUCAAUGGGAUUAGGCUUUUUCAGUUCGGGAUCGAAGGUUAUAAGGAGCCUUUUGUAAACAUCCCUGAGGACACAAUUCGUGAAGCACUAAAAGUUGUCAUUGAUGUGAGGAAUCACCCUGUUUUGAUACACUGCAAACGAGGGAAGCAUCGAACUGGUUGUGUUGUGGGCUGCUUGAGAAAAUUGCAAAGGUGGUGUCUUUCAUCCAUCUUUGAUGAGUACCAGCGAUUUGCAGCUGCCAAGGCUAGAGUUGCCGAUCAAAGGUUCAUGGAGCUAUUUGAUGUUUCUUCCUUAAAGCAUAUCCCUCUGACAUUUUCAUGCUCGAAAAGGUAAACAACUACUUGGACUAAAUGGAUUUUGGUUUUCAUAUUUGUUAGGCAAACGGAAUCCUAGCCACAUCCUGCUUUGCAAUAAAUAGGAAAAAGAAUAAUUCUUUUUUUUUUUCCUUGUCCGGUAAAAGGGGAGUAUAUAAAUUGGCUUGUUCUACACAUGCUACAACUAAUGUUGUAGAUCGCUCCUGAUUCUUCUGAUUGUAAGGUGUAUCAAGGUUUAACAUGACACUCGAUUCAAAAUUGCUGCUCUAGCCAAUGAUUGUAAGGAGAGGCAUUGCAGCUGGAAAGGCUUUGGGUACUCGUGAAUCUUGUAUUGCAGUUGAUAGGAGGGAAAGAGAAAGAAAACUUGGUCUGUAUUGUGUAUUUUGAUAAAUAAUAUUAAAAUACUAUUAAAAAAAAAAAAAAAAAAAAA